AUGCACCGAAAUCACAAUAACGAUGAUCAUCAUCAUCAUUCUUCAUUAUCAUCAUCUUCUACCUCCAGAUAUCCACCACCACCACCUUCUUUGAACGGAUCGGGAUCAUCCGGAUCAGCUAGACCUGCUUCUUCUUCAUUCUACCUACCACCACCUAUACCAUCAGCCAAAUCACCAAUGAAUCAUACGUACGGGUCACCAAAUUAUAGAGAUGGACCUCCAGCUCAUUCACCCAGUGGUGGUCUUACAGAUCCCCAAAGCUGGGCAUCAACCUCAAAUUCGAAUGGAUUAGAUAGACCUAGUUCAUCAAGGAAUAAAACAACUUGGAAUACAGGCCCAAAUCCCACUCUUUCACAUCCAGCACCAUCACCUAGAGAUUCAACCGGUAAUAGAUUACCUUCUUUGGUUGAUUUCCCACAUAGAGGUUCUGUAUGGGACGUAGCUUCCCCAGGCUCAUAUGCGACGAGUAACGCAAGAGGUUCAGGACAAACACAUUAUCCACCUUCAUCCUAUCGUGAUCCGCCUACGAAAUCACAUCCUCUCAUCACUCCUGUCUCGAAUAGUAAUUCCAUUCCACAUGGUGCUCAAUAUGGAGAUGAUAGGAACCUGUCACCUGAGCAGUCUCGUAGGGAAAGUCUAGUCUCUCUCAGUAGAGGAUACGAGGGUUCGCCAAUUGACGAACAACCAUCAAUAUCAAACAAACAUCCAGCACCUUCAUCAUACGAUAAUGAAAGUAAUGAUCAACCUCAAAAGAAAAAGAAAAGGAGAGUCGCUCUAUCCUGUGCAGAAUGCGCGAAAAGAAAACAAAAAUGUAAUAGGGAAACACCAUGUCAACAUUGCGUCGCCCGUAGAGUACCAGAAUUAUGUGUUCCUUACUCAAGACCUGCAACUCCACCAGGUGGCAAAUCAGUCAAGACAGAAUCAUCAUCAGCUAAACCUUCUCCAAGGGAUAGUAACAAGAAGGACGGAAUCGAUACAGCUUCCACCCCUAUCCCGGUCACUACUUCUAGACCACCAUCGAUGUUACCGACAAUAAGUGUCAGAGUGGCAAGAUUGGAAGCGAUGGUUAAUGCCGUGAUAAAUAGAGUGGAUGGAGUAGAGGGAAAAGCUUUAAAAGAUUGGAGAAUAAAUCAUGCACCAGCUAUUUCUCCACCACCACUCUCAGCUUCACUUGCACCUGAUUCAGAAGACGAGAAGAAGAUGAAUCAACGACCGAACUCUUCAUCUACCCAAUCUAGGUUCGAACGGUCUGUAGAAUGGGAGAAUGGACCUGAGAGCGAGGAUGCGGUCGUGGGAGGUUUAGAUAGAGAAACAGGAAUCAGAAACCCGCUUCCUCAAUCCUUACACCCUUCGGGACCUGUUCCCCUGAACUUGGACUACCACGGUACUCCCGCUGAACAACUGUCUAAACUCUUUAACGAUUGUGGAAUCAAUCCUGAAAAAAUGACAACCCUCAUGAGAGAUCUUCCACCUCGUGAUCUAGCUGAUAAGAUCAUUCAAUGGUAUUUUGAGAAAGUCAACUAUGUUCGAUAUCCAAUCGAUCAACAUCUUUUUCGACUAGCUUACGAGCAAGUCUAUGCUCAGAAGAGUACUGCAUCAGCAGUACUGGCUUUACCCUUGGUUUUCAUUGUACUCGCCCUAUCGACUCGAGUUGCUCCAGAUGAGAUUGUAGGAAAUGACCACGAGAAGAGAUUGACCAGUUUGAGGUAUUAUUGGAAUUCCAAAACUGCUAUCAAUAUCGCCAGUGCAGUCAAAGCGGAAAAUCUUCAUCUAGUAGAAACUCGAAUAUGCACUGGGCUAUAUCUCGUUUUAAUGCACGAGAGACGAUUAGCGGAAGGAUGGGCCGAAUUCAGAUAUGCCUUAACCAUAGGUCAAGCACUAGGUCUACAUCGUGAUGGCACGAAAUUGGGACUUGAUCCAUACGUUACCGAAUAUAGAAGAAGAUUAUGGUCUUACCUGAUUCACGCGGAUGCGACCUAUUCUUGUCUGAUGGGGAGACCAACGGCCAUAGAUCCAAAUUUCGCCGACACUUUGCCACCAUCCAAUAUUGAGCUCACCGCACUACGAGACGAUAAAAAGGCUUCACCUCAGCCCAUGACGGAACCUACAUUCGCUACUUAUCUUAUUCUCCGAAGGGGAUUAGGAUGUAUUGUUGCGAAAGUCACUCAACAUUUCCAAACUCUUUCAGGACAAACUUCUUAUCGAGACGUCGAAGCCUUGGAUGCUGAGUUCAAACAGUUCGUAGAGGAUCUACCUCCUACGUAUAAGAUGUUAUCGCCUGAUAAGUCAUACGAUAAAAAAAUGUGGUUUCUACCUAUACACAGGUAUUAUAUCCAAACUGAGAUAUUGCAUUUCACUAUCAUUCUUCACCGACCUUGGCUGCUCCGUAAGCUUAGAAGCUCUCGAUAUGCCUUGUCAAGGCAAGCAUGCUUCGAUGCUGCUGUAACGGACUACAAAUUGCGUCAAAUGUUCAAGGUUGAUUGCCCAGAUUUCUUCGAAACUCUGUUAGGUGGAUCAUUUAGAGAAUUUAACGCUGCUAUGAUUGCUGGUAUCAGUAUCAUCAUUGAUCCUCGCGCCCCUCGAGCAGCUGAGAUGAAACAAAUCAUUCACAGCUUCAUGGAACAACAUCCACAUGAUCCUAAAGCGGAUGAUUUCUCUCAAAAAGAAGCGGCAAUCAUCUAUACACUUCACCAAAGAGCGCAACAGAUGGAAGCUCAACGACAAGCUCGACGACCUUCAGCCCGAUCAGGUCGUCUCUCGAUGGACAACACGUCUUUUGAAAGGUCAACAUCGAAACCACCUUCAACUUCCUCUAUGGGUGCUCCACCAAAUCCCGGACCAUCUCAUCCAGGGGAGAAUGGAAGCGGUGGACCGAGGUCUACUCCUCUGCCUGCUAUAUCACCUCAAAGCUUUGUAAGAGCUAGUCCUUAUGCUCCUAGUAUGGGUCCAACUCCUCCCGGAAUGGGUACAAGCCCAGAAGAUGAUCAUCCCCAAAGAUUACUUGAUCAUUGGAUACAAUCGAAUACUUCUUAUGGUCCAGGAACGGAAGGCUUGAAUUUCGGUGUCGGCAUGUAUUCUCAACCACAACCACAACAGCACGUCAUGGCACCUUAUCCCGGCCAAGAAGUUGUCGCAUACGAUCCAGGUUAUUCUGGAGGGAUGAUGAAUAUUCCAAAUGAGGGUGUACCGUACAACAGCAACAAUAACGGAUUUGAUGAUUCACGUACAAUGGGAUGGAUGGACCCUUCUUUAGCAGGUUCGAUGGUUGGUAAUAUAUCUGAAUUACCUCACAACAACAUGCCUCAAAAUAGUAUGCCGAUGAUGGGGUUAGGUAUGCCAAUGGGAUCAUCAAAUAUGGGAGGAGGUAAUGUAGGACCUGGAGGAAAUAGUACACAAUAUUGGAACGCUCUAAUCGAUGGUAUCGUAACUGGAUUACCAAAUUAUGACCCUAAUAUAUCGACACCCAGUAUGUGA